AAAUUUUGAUAUUGUCCCUUCAGCCUGAUGAGCAGGAAGUUUAUGAUGAUGGAGAAGCAGGGGAUAUAUAUGAAGAGGAUGUAGAAGUUGGCGAACCAGAGGACGUUUAUGAUGACGGUGAAAUUGGACAGGAAGUGUAUAAUGACCCCGAGGAAGAUAAACCACCCCCCGUUCCUGCUGCCCCACGGAGGGAACUUCCACCCCCACCCCCUCAGUCAACAAGACCACCCCCACGUCUCCCAGAACCUCCACAAGAUGUAUAUGAAGUGGAGCCAGAACCGGAACCUGUACGGCCUCAGACACCCCCUGAGGAAUCAGGGGAGAGUAUAUAUGAGAUGGAGCCAGAGGUUCCUGACCAACCCUCCAAAGCACCGCCCGAGUUGCCAGGGCGACCCCCAGUACCCACCCCUCCGCAGGAAACAUAUGAAAUUCAAGACGAUGAUGAGCAAGAAAAUUAUGAUGAAUUUUCCAUGGCAGAAGAGGAAAUUCCACAGGUUGGUGUGUUUUGAUAGACAAUAAAUAUCACAAAGAAGGAAAAACUCUCA